UAGGGAGACGCAGCAAAAAAUUGCAGAAAAAGUGCGUGCGGGAUUUGUGUGGUUUGCAAAAUCCACCUGCAUUUUGUGAAUAGGUUGUUUUUAGUUUUUCUGUUGUAUUUACUUCAUGUGCGGGAGUGGAGGUAGAAUCUGGCAUAGAUCAAGAUGCGUGUGAAUCAGGAGCCUUCCAAUUAAGUGUCUCUCUUGGCGCGCUUGAAGCAGUUUACAAAACUUUUCGUCUUUCCCAAGCAGUCAGUCGCGAUGCUGCCGACAAAGCGGACUGCCGCUCAGAAUCCCAACACCGCCACCACGGAAAUGGAUCGUGUGAGCAUAAGUCCAUCUCAGGGACCAGAAGGCACCCAACCGGCUACCACGAAUAUCGUGGAGAAGGUGCACAUGAAGAAGCAACUGGGUCUCCUGGAAGGAUGUGCAAUUAUCCUGGGAAUCAUCAUUGGAUCCGGAGUCUUUGUGUCACCCAAGGGCGUAAUUCAGGAGGUCAAUGCCGUGGGGACGUCUCUAGUGAUCUGGGUGGUGUGUGGAAUCCUCUCAAUGAUUGGAGCUCUCUGCUAUGCUGAACUGGGGACUCUAAUCCCAAAAUCCGGAGGAGACUAUGCCUACAUAUUUGAAGCUUUCGGAUCAUUACCUGCAUUUCUCUACCUCUGGGACGCAACGUUCAUUUUUGUACCUACGACGAAUGCCAUUAUGGGCAUGACCUUUGCAAGUUAUGUCCUUCAACCAUUUUUCGCAGCUGAUUGCCAAAUUCCCGAGUUGUGCAUCCAACUCCUGGCCGCCGUGACAAUUUGCCUUCUCACCUUUAUCAAUUGCUACGACAUAAAAUCCACGACAAAGCUGCAGAAUGUCAUAAUGUUCGCCAAGGUGGCAGCUCUCGUGAUAAUCGUGAUUGUGGGCGUGACGUGGAUGUGCAUGGGGCACAUGGAGAACUUUGAGGGACUCUUUGAUAAUACCGAAACAGAUCCCGGGAAGCUCUCAGUGGCCUUCUAUUCGGGCAUCUUUUCCUAUGCCGGGUGGAAUUAUUUGAACUUCAUGACUGAGGAACUCCGUGAACCGUACAAAAAUCUCCCAAGGGCCAUUUUUAUUUCCCUCCCACUUGUUACCGUGAUCUAUGUGCUGGCCAACAUGGCCUACUUGGCUGUGCUGACACCCCAGGAAUUGAUUGCUUCCAAUGCAAUCGCCGUGACGUUUGGGAAUAAGAUGAUGGGCUAUUUUGCAUGGAUUAUACCCGUAAUGGUAGCUGUGUCUUCCUUUGGUGGGCUAAGCGUGCACAUUAUGACUUCCUCGAGGAUGUGCUUCGUUGGCGCAAGAAAUGGGCACAUGCCAGCUAUUUUAUCGCAUAUCAACGUAAACAAGUUCUCUCCGACGCCGUCUCUCGUUUUUCUGUGCAUCCUGUCUCUGAUUAUGCUGUGCAUCAGUGAUGUAUAUGUCCUCAUAACGUACUGCAGCAUCGUCGAGUCCACCUUUAUCAUGCUCUCUGUGGGUGCAGUGCUCUACUUUCGGUACAAAUAUCCAAAAAGAGAGCGUCCCAUCAAGGUGUCCAUCUUGACUCCAAUUGUAUUCUGCCUCAUUUGCGCUUUUCUCAUCGUUGUACCAUGCUAUGUUGCACCAUAUGAAGUUCUUAUGGGGAUUUUGAUUACCAUCACAGGGAUACCCUUCUACUAUGUGGGUGUUGUCUGGCGAAAUAAGCCGGUGUGGCUAUGUAACUUUAUUACAACAACCACUCACAUAUGCCAAAAGCUCUUUAUGUCCGCCACCGAGGAGAAGGAGGACUAAAUGAUCCAUCUCGUACAGUACAUGUAAGGCUGACCAGGAAUUAUAAAGAAGAGAAAGGUGAGUCUCAUAAAGAAAAGAAAACAUUAACAGCCCAGAGAAGUAGAUCUUCGUAAAAAUCUCUAAAUGUGUGUGAUCGAACGCGAAUCUCCAAAUGAUUUUAUUAUCUCUCUCAUUUUGACAUUAUUUGUAUACUUAACUACAGUGGAUUGUUCUUUUUCUUUUUACAUGAAAAGUAGGUACUUAAAAGCCUCCAAGGUAUUUUCUUUUUUAUACUAUUUAAUCAAUGAAUAUUUUAGUGUUAGAGGCACAUUGAUAGUUUUACUCUUUUAGUUACCGUUCAAUAAGAAUUUAUUUUUACCGAUGAAACAGGAAUCUCCCAAAUUAAAAUAUAUUGUUUGUGAUUAAAUUUAAAGAAAUAUGUGAGUAUACCUAUUGUUUUUAUUUUGAAAAAUAUUAACUAUAAAUAAUAAGUUUGCUUUAUACAUUAAAUUGCCCAGUUUUUUUAUUAUUGAUAAUUUUACAAGAAUUUAAUUUUUUUCUUAAAAAUAAAAUAAAAUUCAAACUUUAAGCAAAAUUUGUCCUACAUUUAAUUUUUUAAACAAAAGGAAGAAAAUAAAUGCAAAUUUAAUUUGUGAAAAUUAUACCAUAAUAUACUUUGUAUGCUCCA